AUGGACACGGAGGAUUACGCGGCGCUGAACAAGCCGCUUCCGGCCUGGGCCCAGAAGGCCAACCUCGACCAAGCCCUCGCUCUCCAAUUUGGGCCUCACGGCGUGGACCCGACCACGAUCUUUCCCGACUUUGUCGGCUCGUGCGACCUCAAGCUCAUUUUUAAAGGCUACGUCGAGCCAAAACGCACCUUUAAUCGACGCACGAGCUCGGGCAAUUGGCACAUGGACCAGCCGACGCGGCUGGAGAAGGCCAACUACAAGCACGUCAUGGGCUUUGGCUCCGCAACGACCUUUGUAGCCUAG